AACUUCAAUAUGGCGGUCAACCUUCGCACCCUUCGCACUCGGGAUCGGGCGGCUAUCCUCCGUACAUUUUAACGCCGCGUUCUGUUUUCUGCAAGACGCGUACUACAAACUCGUCCGCGCAUUUCGCCUUAGACUAUCGGAACCCAAACGAAGCUGGCUCUGGAACGUAAUGUCAGCUCAUCGUCGGCCAUGUCUGGGAGACCGAAGCCCCCCGUGCCCCCCAAGCCGGUCGGUCUGCAGUCGGCGGACGGCUGCAACCCUGGGUUCCGCAAGCCGGUGCUGACGGUGUCGCCCCUGGGUGGGGCCGCCCGCUGCGCCGACGAUGCCGGCGGUCGGGGCGAGGGCGACGGCCUCUGCAAGGAGGAGGAGGUGGUGGUGCACGAGGUCACGGUGGUCUUGGAGCACCGGGGUGAAGCCCUGUGCAACGGUGCAAACGACGCCAUGGCACCCGCGACGAACGACCCGAACGAUGCGACUCCCGGCACCAGCGGACCGCCCAAGGAAAACGGGGAGUCCGGUGGGACGCUGCCGGCGAACCAGCCGCAACCCUCGGACGACGGCAAGCGCAACACCAUCAUCGAGGACUGGGCUCUCAAGGACAGCGGAGGCUCUGGUGACGAGGCGUGCUGCAUGCGUCUGUCACACCUCAUUCACCGCAAGGCCAAGGAGUUUUCGACGCACCUUGCGAAGCCGCCCAAGCCACCCAAGCCCGUCAAGCCGGCUUCCAGGUCGGAGGAACCUAGCCGGCCCAAGAGCUUCGGCGACGAAAUCCCCGGUGGGAAGCACGGCAUCCGCUACGCAGACGAAGACACGGAGACCAGUUCGGAUUACCAGGACCUUGACUUGAGUCGGCUUGCUGUUGCAGAAGUGACCAACGCCACAGCCGCGUCGGCGAAGCCUGCAGUCGUCGAGAAUGAGUACGAGGUGAUCGAAGCGCCCCGUGUGGUGCUCAGAAACGAGCCGCCGGCCCCCGCACCGAUUGUCCUCUUGGAUCGUCCAGGCUCGGGCGUAGUUCCGGAGGCGACCAGGAAGAAGACGAGGUCCCUCGAGAAACCGAAGCGGCCGCCGCCACCCAAGCCGGAGCUCGUCAAAAAACCGCUCGUUAAGAUUGACGUUCCGGUCUUCCCUGCGGAGUGUCAUGAUCCGGAAGUUCAGGUGGGAGGUCAGAAGGUCGCGGUCACAGAGACAGCCGGCACGACGGAAACUGUGGAAGUCAGCGAUGAGCCUGCUGUACAGCCUCCCAAAAUGGAAGAGGAGAAAGAGACGGGAGCGGUGGAGGCAACUCCCGUCGUCGAAGAAGCCGUGACGGUGACAGUCGAGGAGCAACGUUCGGUGGUGCCUCCCAAUGUGACGGCAUCUCCAGCUAAGAAACCCAAACCACAACGUCCGCCGCCGCCAAAAAUUCCGCCGUCGGUGCCUUCUAAGAAACCAGAAGUGAAAAGCGCGACGAAGCAGAUUGUCGCGUCGAAGCGUGACUCGUCGAAGGAGAGGAAGCCUGUUGUUUCAUUGAGGUCACCCCGUGCAUCUCAGAAGCCUGUGAGCGAAGAAAUAGUUCUGGUUGGAGUCGCUAGUGUGGGUGUAGUCAGUAAAGAUACCGAAGAAGUGCCUCUGGUCGUGUCUGCGCAAGUUGUGGCAGAUUCUUGUCAAGUUGUGAACCCACCAGCAGUCAAAGUGGCGUCGGACGGCGGUAGUAAAAAAAUGACGUCGGGAGCUGGUGCCACAUCUCCGAAGUCUGUGGAGACCGUAGUAACACCCAAGAAAAAGCGGACCCCUCCCCCGAGGCCCCCACCACCGAAAAUCGGUUUGAAGCCGGUCGUAACGCCAAAGCGAGAAAGCACCGAGAUGGACCGCCCGACGCGCGUCGAGGAAAAGGUACCAGCAAGUGCAGAGCACGAGGAGUCGCCGUUGUGCGUGGCGCAGCAAACUUCGCCGAGGAAUCCGCUCAACGAGUACUGUCAGACGGACGACCUGGUGGACUUCCGUGCCAAGAAGCUCGUCGAAAACCUGGACGCCAUUCUGAAGACGCCGUUGGAGCCUGAAGAACCGUCGCACGAGAGAACCGUCGCCUGCCUCGAGGCGUCGCUCGACACGAUGGCUCGCGAAGUGGUCCACUGCUUCCGGCCGCCUGACGCCGACCUAGACCCAGAGGUCGCUGUCCCCACGGCGUUCUUCGCGGAGGAAAACGUGCCGCAGGCACCGCCGCGCGUGAAGAGGAGGCAGCGUUCGCGGACCGUGGAGACGGUGAGAGUGCCGAGCGAGGACCAGCGGAGGAGCGUCAGGAGGAGCCACUCGCUGUCCGAGGCGGAUGUGCGGCUCAAGGCGGCGCAACGGCUGGGAACUGUGUACCCGUCGGAUGUCGCGGCGACCAUCACGGAGACGUUUGUGAUGGUGGUGGAGUCUCCGCUGACCAAGAAGGAGCUUAGAGACCUGUACACAAACAUUGCGGCGUCGCCGCAGGCGAAGGAGCGCCGCUUCCCGCCAAAGCCGACGCCGGGCACGGGGAUGCGGUUCCGUCCGCUGCCCGCGCCGCCGCCACCUCCGCGAGGCAAGGUCAGGUCGCCUCCUCCGCCCAUUCCUGUGAAGGUGGGAGCAGAAGCGGCAGGAGCGACGGAGGAAGCGACAGAAGGAACGGCGGAUGACACGGUGCCGAAGGAGGUCGUGGACGAUGGGAAGGCACCUCCGGAAGAACCGCAGACUGCGACGCCGUCGACUACGCCGGCAGCCGAAGAGAAGCCAGACGAGGCCCCGAGCGACGCGGGCAAGAGGGAGAGCCCGUGCAAGGAGUGCCCAGCGCCGACGACGGGCGUGAACAAGUCGGACUCGUUCAUGAAGCGUGCUGCCAAGAUUGCCGCGGACUUCGCCCCGCAGCUGACGAAACGGAGCUCCGUCGAGGAGCGGCCGUCGACCCCUGCGUCGUCCAGCAACGGGUCGCGGGACCGCGACGGGGGCCUGCGUCUCUCGAACAGCACCUUCUACGCGACCCCCCCCGCGCUCGAAAUCCCGCCGGAGGCACAGCGGGGGGCCGAGUCUCCUGGGACGGAGCCGACAGCGAGCGAAAAGUCACGCUCGAGUUGGUACGACGACAGCGACGCGUCGGGGGAUGUGGCGGACGUGGACUCUCCCGCGAUGCCGAGUGACGCGGACAGGUCAUCGUCGCGCAAGUCGGACUCUUCGCCGGGCUCCGUGCAGCGCUCGAAGGCACGGCUGAAGGAGAAGAAGCGGCUGAGCUCCAAGUUUUACUGCGAGAUGGAGAAGGAGAGGGAGAGUUCGACGGACGGAGAGGCGGUGCCUAGGGUGCCCUCGCGCGCCGGGGCGGUGGCGGCGGUUGCGGAUGACGAGGUCGAGAGGAAGGGGGAGGACACGGACGACUUGUUGGAGAAGGCGGAAGUGCUCAAGGAGGAGAUGAAGCAGGUGCUGGUGGAGCGGCAGAAGAGGUUGCUCGAGUCGCUCGACAGCGAGCUGUCUGCGCAGAGGGCGGAGAGCGAGAGCCGGGAGGAGAGAGCGGCCAUUGGUGGAACCUCGCCGUCGCUGAUGCCCCGCAAGGACAUGCCCAGCGUCCACUCAUCUGCUUCUGAGGUGAGCUGGCAGGGGUCAUCGGACGAGGAGAGCGACGGAGAGGAGACGCGUCACAUGACCCUGGAGGAUGCGGCGUGCUUCCGGCGGCGGCGCAAGCUCUUUCACAUCGCCCAGGAGCUGGCCAGUUCGGAGCAGGUCUUCGUCGACGCCCUCCACCUCCUCAACCAGGACUUCAGGGAGGCCGUGCAGACGGCGAGCGAGGACAAGGGGGCGCCGGUUGUUCCCGAGGAGGUCCUGGAGCAGGUCCUGAAGCACCUUCCGCAGCUGCAGGACCUCAACGAGAGACUUCUCGGGCAGCUUCGCGAGCGCAUCGACAACUGGCACGGGAACGAGCGGGUGGCGGACGUUCUGGUCAAGAUGGGGCCCUUCCUGAAGCUCUACUCGUCCUACAUCAAGGACUUCGAGGCCGCCACUGCGGCCCUGGAUGAGGCGAAGCGCAAGUACCCAGACUUCAACCGGGUCGUCCGCAACUUCGAGCAAAGUCCCCGGUGCCGUCAGCUGACCCUGCCCCAGUACAUGCUGAAGCCGAUCCAGCGGAUUCCCCAGUACAGGCUGCUGCUCCGAGACUACGUGGACCACCUGGACCCGGACAGCCCGGAGUACCGGGAUGCCUGCGCGGCCCUGGACAUCGUGGCGCAGGUGGCUCACCACGCCAACGAGAGCAUGAAGCUCGGGGACAACUUUUCCAAGCUGAUGUCGAUACAGAACAGCCUCGUGAACCGCUACGAAGUGAUAAAACCUGGAAGGAACUUCCUGAAGGAGGGCGAGCUGAUGAAGGUCUCACGGAAGGAGAUGCAGCCUCGCUGGUUCAUCCUGCUGAGCGACAGCCUGCUGUACCUGACGCCGGCCCCGCAAGGGGGCCUGCGCUGGAACCUGGAACUGCCGCUGUCUGGCAUGAAGGUGGCCGUGCCCCCGCAGCAGGACUACCAGAAUGAGUUCAGCGUCAUCACCAGCAAGCGCUCCUUCAUCCUCUGCGCCAGCUCCCCCAAGGAGCGUGAGGAGUGGAUAACGGCACUCAACGAGGCCAUUGAGGACAACAUUCACCGCAAGAGCUCCUUCCAUGUUUUGCGAAAGGAAGGUUCCCAGUCAUCCUCGAGCUCGGAGCUGGGCCAUGUGGCACCCCUGUGGAUUCCCGACCAGCGGGUGACCAUGUGCCAGCUUUGCACCAGUGGGUUCAGCUUCACCCACCGGCGCCACCACUGCAGGGCGUGCGGAAAGGUGGUGUGCGCCGCGUGCUCGGCCAACAAGAUGCCGCUGCAGUUCAAGGGACCCGAACCCGUCCGUGUCUGCGACGACUGCUUCAUCUCGCUUCGCUCCGGCGAGGCGAAGGAGAGGUCUGACCCUGAUCAGGAAGGGGGCCAGGGCCUGGUCAAGAAGAAGAAGACGGUUCGAGGCAUACUCCAGGAGGUACCAGCCAACGACCUUGGCUCCUCGAUGAGUGGCUACCUGCACCAGUACGGCAAGCGGGGCUGGAAGCGCCAGUGGUUCGUGGUGAAGGACCACGUGCUGUACAUGUACCGGGCCAGCGAGGACGUGGCGGCGCUGAGGACCACCCCGCUCCUUGGAUACCAAGUCUGCUCUCUCGACAGGAGCUUCGAGGGAGUUCCGCAGGAGCAGCUGUUUGAGCUGACGCACGUGGGCGUGGACCCCUCCGUCUUCUAUGCGGACUCUCCGGACCUGGCCGCCAGGUGGAGGAAGGCGAUGGAAGAGGCUGCGACGCUGAGCUGAAAGAUGCGUCAAAUCGUCUCGCACCGUCGUACGAAAUUCCGAGCGCACCACUUCGGCACCCCACCCACUACGUCGAAAGAACUGCACGCGUCACUGACCUCGGCCGUGGCCGGAUUCACGAGUCGGAAGAGAAGUCUUCCGCGGACGAGCUGCGUGUUUAUGUCCUUUUGAGUCUCUACGCCCUAAAACUCAAUGUUUGAUUUGUUUUGGGGGGUUCACCGACGCAGCGCCUUUUUCGCGUCGUGUCUUUGGACCGCCUCUGCCGUCCUUUUCUAAUCCCUUGUCGACGACGAAGUCCGAAGGAGUUGAGGGUUCGGUGCGCGGGACUUUGCACGACUAGCGAUCGCUUCGAGGUUUCCGUCUUGACGCGACGUGCAUUUCCGGGGAUCUCGCUACACCCCGGUAGGUGGUGCUUCGACGCCGUCUUCCAUUGUCGACGCCCGCCGCGAUGAUGAGACCGUUUUUCGACUAUGUGCCUUCGCCCACCUUCGAGCCGCUUGCGCGGUCUCGGGUUCACGGUGCCUUCUUGUUACCUCAAUUUGCCUUUUUCUUCUUCAUAAUUUAUUACCAGGACAAAUCGUACCCCGCUCUUAAGGUUCAACCACUUCGGCGUACACUCGUCAAAGAGCUUACGGGCGGCUAUCGUCGACGGCAUGUCGCACGGACGGAAAAAGUGUGUUUCUGCCGGAGUCGGACGGGGCUUCCACUUCGUCUCUCCAUAACUUGGCAGACGACAAAGGCUACGGUCCUGGCGAACCAAUCGGCGUGGCGGGGAGGGACGCGCGACUUCCUCACAAGUUGCGCACAGUGCCAUCCGAGCCACGGGCAAGAAAAAGUGGAGAACCGCCUUUGUUCGAAUUUCGAGCGGAGGGCUAAUUUUCUAGGGGGAGAAUAGUGACGUCCGGGGCGGUGCAAAAGAGGGUCUGGGUAAGCAGGGGGGCGGGGGGGCGUUCCUCUUUUCCCACUGCUUGGGUUACACUCUCGCUCCUGCACCUUUGGUUGUUACGUGCCCCGUCGCUCCGAUUGGCUCUGGGGGGCCGUAGAGCUCACUUUUUGCCGAGUUACGAUGAAACGAAGCGUAGUGAGCGCACGGACGGACUUCGAGCAUACUCGACCGAAGAAUACGUCUUUGUCGGUAGGAAAUGAGGUUUAGGAAAUCGAGGACGUCUUCUCAUAGAUGCAAACGACCCUUGAGGUGCAUCGCAUCUCGCAGGUGCCUUAACCGCAGCCGACUUGGCCACGCCUCUUGUACAUUUUGAGGUGAAAUGGCGCGCACGUUUGAUGUGGUUGCCAUUACUGUUGUAGAGGCACUAUGCAAUGCCUAGUCAGAUUUUGCUGUUCACAGAUGACCUUUUUGAGCGUUUCGGAUGACUUGUUGAGUGAUAUGUAUGCUGCCUUUGCCUUGGAUAGCCUUUAUACCUUGUACAUAAAGCUGAUGUGCCUCUUGAA